CGAAAAACGGUUACACUAACAGCUGAUAUCUCGCCGACAGUAACACGCAGAAACCGUGUGUUUUGCUUUCAAUUCGAAUUUCACAACAAAUUCUUGGCUAAUUAUUUGCUUGAAAAAUAACAAAAUUGAAAAUGUCUUUGGUUCGUAACUCAUCCCGAUUAUUGCGAUCACAGUUGAAGCGCGUCCAGAGCGUUCCUGUGGCAUUGUACCAUGAAAAUGUCGUUGAACAUUACGAAAACCCGAGGAACGUGGGAUCUCUGGACAAGAAGGAUGCCACUGUGGGCACAGGGCUGGUGGGUGCUCCCGCCUGCGGCGAUGUGAUGAAAUUACAAAUCAAGGUCGACGAAAAUGGCAAGAUUGUGGACGCCAAGUUCAAAACCUUUGGCUGCGGCUCAGCUAUCGCCAGUAGUUCGCUGGCCACCGAGUGGGUCAAGGGAAAGUCUAUUGACGAGGCUGGAAAAUUAAAGAACACCGACAUCGCCAAGGAGUUGCGCUUGCCCCCUGUGAAACUGCAUUGCUCCAUGUUGGCCGAGGAUGCCAUCAAAGCCGCCUUAGCCGACUACAAGGUCAAGCAGCAAAAGAAGCAGGGCAACUGAGCGUGUGGACCGGAAUCUUUGAACAUUGAGAAGCGCAGCGCUUCGGCGAGUGCGAAUACUACUAAACACAAUUAUAAGUAAUCUACAGAAUACAAUAUACAUACUAUAUAUUUACUUGGCAUUAGGUCGUAGUUUGCUAUAGAUCUGAGAGUGAUUGGUCGCGUGAUUGCUUCGAGGGUAUAUGAUAGAACAAUAUUCGAUACUAUCUAAAGGCUGGAACUGAUCUGUAUGAAUGUGUUUGAAAGGGGACCUUUAGUCCUAGUUGUAAGAGCUGUUUCAAUUUUAUGUUCUGUUAUGCAAAUCUAAGCUUCUUAAAGAGAAAUAAAACGUUCCCGUUGGAAUAAAAA